CAUAGCUUAAUUUCUUCAUCUCAUCAAGCCUCAAACAACAACUAUACUCUUCCCUCUCUUUGAAACUAUGGGUACUUUAGUUGGGCAUGUAGUACCAGGCUUUGGGUUUGUUCUGAUUGGAUUAUGGCACCUCUUCAACCACAUCAAGCUCCAUCUUCAACAUCCCAACUCCUACAGGGCACCAAUAUGGUUUCCCGCCUCCAAGUUCAGGUACUUGGAGCUCUUGUUGAUCAUCUUAGGUUCAUCAGCCUCCGUUGCCAUGGAACUCUUCAUCAGUCCUGAAAAACACCAACCGUUCGACGAUGACGGAACCAUCCCUUCAAACCAUCUCCACAACUUCGAGCACGCCUCAAUCUCCAUGACUUUCUUGGUCUACGCUGCCUUGGCUAUCGUUCUCGACAAAUUAGCACCUAGAGCUCAGCAUGGUCUGACCCAAAUCCUCGGAGCCGUAGCCUUUGGUCAGCAACUGCUACUCUUUCACCUUCACUCUUCUGACCACUUGGGACCUGAGGGCCAAUACCACUUGCUUCUUCAGCUUGUGAUUCUUGUCUCCUUGAUCACAACCCUAGUGGGACUUGGUUUCCCCAAGUGCUUCCUGAUCAGCUUUGUGAGGUCACUCAGUAUAUUCUUCCAAGGUAUCUGGCUUAUGGUCAUGGGGGUUAUGCUCUGGACACCUGGGUUGAUUUCCAAAGGUUGUUUUCUAAAUGAUGAAGAGGGUCACGAAGUGGUUAAGUGCCAAAGCGAGGAGGCACGUCACAGAGCACUGUCGUUGGUGAAUCUUCUGUUUAGUUGGUUCUUGAUUGGAAUUGCCGUUUUUGGGGUGGCCUUCUAUUUGGUUUUGGUUAAGUUUUACGGUGAAAAGGUGGAGUACUUUACUCUGGGAAGUGACCGUGAAUCUGAAGAAGAUGAUGAUGUGGAAUCUCAGAAGAGAAGCAAUGUUGGAGACUCGAAGAGCUUUGUGGAUCAUAUGGGAAAGACAGCCUUUGCGCCAAUAGACAUGGAAAGGUAGAAAAGGAAAUGUGCAACGUAGAUAUUGAAUCGAAUUAAGCAUUGUGUGAUUAGGUAUAUGUGCGUAUAGAUUAAUUAGAUUGAUGGCUACCACUUUAUAAAUUAUUGUGGAGAUUUGUGGAUGGAAAAUCAAGGGAAUUUAGGGAAGAAUUGUUGAGGGAAAUUGUUUGGUUUGCAUUGAAUAUUGACGGGUAUUCUGCCUAAACCUAGUCCUAUAUGUUGGUGUGUGUAUAUGGAAAAGUUACCAGUGAUCGAAGAUGGAGAGAGCGCUGUUGGAAUUGUACAUUAAAAUUUCAUUUGAUUUUGUUAUAAACUUUGCCUUAUCUUUAAGCUUGUGAGAGUGAAUAUGCAUGAUUUCAUUACAAAGCUUGUUUUUUAGUUAAUUACUUAUGAAACGUAUCAUAGAUAAUCUAGCUCCUUAUUGCAUGACAAUUCUGUUUCUUAGACUCAUUGCUUAAGUAUCAAAUCAAAGUGAAUGAUUUUGGAUG